AUGUUGAAUGUAGACUUUGAUCCAUUUGAAGGGUUGCAUGAUAGUGAAAACAACAACAGAACAGACCCUACAACAAUCCACCUUGGUAGUGAAUAUCAAGACUUUGAUCAAGAUAAUGGGGGUUUAUUUGAUGGUCAAUCAGACGAGUUCAAUUCAGAAAAGGGUGAAGAUGAUUAUGGUGAUGAUGAUGAUAGUGAUUCUGAUAGUGAUGUUAUAGUAGACAUAGACAAUGAAAUUGAUGACAUUGAUGUUGACAUGAGUGACUUUAGAAUGAACAUUGAUGAAGGUGUGGAGUAUUCAGGGUUUGGGUUUAACAAUGAUGUAGAAGACGAACAAGAAACAGAUGAAGAAGAAGACCUUGAAGUAAUUGAUUGUGAUGGAUGGGAGUCAUUAGGAGAAGACUCUGAUACUGAAAAGAACAGGAGGGUUCUAUUAAAACGAUUGGGUAAGGAGAAAGUAUGUUCACAUGGUGAGGUGCAUAAAUCUAGUUUUUAUGUGGGACAGAUGUGGAAGUCAAAGAAAGAUCUUAAGAAUAAAGUGGAUGAGCAUGCACUUGAAACAAGGAGGAAUCUUGCUUUUAAAAAGAAUGAUGCAACAAGACUAAGGGCAUAUUGCAAAGGAGUUGUGCUUGGUACCAAUGUCAGUGGGCCACAUGUGGAUGAUGGGACAAGUGGUGCAAGUGGGUCCCAUGUGUUAGGUGGGACAGAUAAAGUAAAUAAAGGCAAGGGCAAAGCAGUAAAUUCAAAAGCUACCACUUGUACUUGGCACUUAUAUGCAUCUAGGUCUUCGAAGGAUGGGAAUUGGUAUGUGAAAACGUACAGUCUGAAGCACACUUGCCUUCAAUCAAGGAAAAUUCGAGCUUGCACAGCCACUUUUCUUGCAAAACAUAUUACUAGACAAGUUCAAUUAAACCCCACGGUUCCAAUUCGAUCCUUACAAGAAGACUUUCAACAGACAUACUCAGUGGGGAUUUCAAAGCAUAAGAUGUUUAGGGCUAAGGUAAGGGCUACAAAGAAUGUUGUUGGGGACUACUCAAAGCAGUAUGACUUGCUUAGAGAUUAUGCACUCGAAUUACAGUCCACCAAUCCAAACACCACAGUGAAGAUAGAUGUUGUAAGUGAGCCUAACCCGAACUUGGCCACUAGGCAUUUUAAGAGAAUUUACAUAUGUUUAGGGCCACUGAAGUUGGGGUUUAAAGCUGCUGUAAGCUUAGACUCCAACAAUGGUAUAUAUCCACUUGCAUAUGCCAUAGUAGAAUCUGAAAAUACUGGAAGUUGGAAAUGGUUCUUGGAAUGUCUAGGGGAUGAUUUCGAGAUAGGGUCUAAUUCUAACUUCACAUUUAUCAGUGAUAGGCAAAAGGGUGUGAUACCUGCUAUAGAACAAUUAUUUCCAAAUACAGAGCAUAGGUAUUGUUUAAGACACAUCCAUGAAAACAUGAGGAAACAAUGGAGAGCUAGGGAGUUCAAGGAGUUUAUUUGGAGGUGUGCAACAACAACCACAAUUCAAGAAUUUCAAUCUACAAUGAGGGAGUUAGCUGAGUAUGACAGGGCUGCACAUGAUUGGUUGAAUCAAAUACCACCAAUGCAUUGGGCAAGAAGCCAUUUUACAGAUAGGGCCAUCUCACAUGUGCUUAUAAAUAACAUGUGUGGAGUCCUGAAUGGUAAGUUGGAGAAAGGAAGGGAUAAGCCAAUCAUUACAUGCUUGGAAUUUAUAAGAGAAUAUCUAAUGAAGAGGAUCUGCAAUGUGGUUAAAGAGCAAAGGAAAUGCCAAGGUCCUCUCACACCUACUGCAACCAAAUUGUUAAAGAAGAAUGAGCAACAAGCAACUGAGUAUAUUGCAAGGUGGAACGGUGGUGGAAAGUAUCAGGUAGCUGGACCAUGGAAUGAUCAACAUGUUGUGGACAUUAACCAGAUGACAUGCACCUGUAGGAAGUGGGAGUUGACAGUAAUCCCUUGCAUGCAUGCCAUAGCCACUUGGAGUGAGAUGACAGACAAUGGGGAAAUGGUAGGGGAGCUGUACACUUGGGUACACAAAGUUUAUUUACUGGAUACUUGGAAGGUUGUGUAUGACUUUAAAGUUGAACCUAUAAAAGGUAGGGCAAUGUGGCCUAAAAGUGAUUGUCCCACUAGAAUUAUCCCACCUCCAUACCACAAAAUGCCUGGCAGGCCAAAGAAGAAAAGAAGACAGUCCAUGGAGGAGAGAAUGAGCCAAAAGGAAAAGUCCAGUCAAAUUGAAAGUGUGAUAACAAGUCAAAGUCAAACUCAAGGAUCCAAAGAAGUGGAGAAGCUUAGUAGGAAAUUUGGGAGUGUCACUUGUGGUAAAUGCAAACAAAAAGGACACAACAAAAGGACAUGUAAAGGUCAAGGUGCAGGUCAACAAGAGGGUGGAGGAGCUAAUGAGGGUCAUGGUCAAGAGUAG